CACACACAAAAAUGUGCGUUAUCAAAGUCAUAACGUAUUUAUGGCAUGUAUGAAAUAGUUUUAUGUGAUAUGGGAGUAUGUGGUGGAAUAUGUAUGUACUUGUUAUUGCGGUAAUGAUUCAUCUCAAUGCAGCGAGUGAUCUUCGUGUAGAUCAUCCGCGGUUCUGUUGGAGAAAUGCGUCCUUACCACCGGGCACGCAUUGGCCCUGUGAUUGGAGUGAUGGGAGGAUACCUUAUACUUUCAAUCUGUAUUCACUAAACAAAAGACGUCUAAUAACACUAGUCAAAAGAGGUUUGAGUGUAUUAGAACAACAAUCGUGUUUGAAAUUUGAAGAACGGAACCCAGUGGAACUUGCGAACAGACAUAAUGCCACUUAUUUAGUCUACACCUACUCGGAGGUUCUGGAAUACUGUUGUCACCGAUUAUUUUAUAAGCCACUUGGAAGACGGAAUGUUCUGAUAACUCCGCUCUGCAGCAUGUCAGUAGAGAUCGCUCAUGCAACUCUACACGGGCUGGGUUUGCAUCACAAAAGGAACGAACCUUUCGACAAACAAACCGCACAAAAAUUCCUCUUUCUCAACAAAUGCAAGAAGAAUACUUUGCAAAACUAUAAAGUUAUGUUGUGAAUAUAGUUA